GGACUUAUACACGCUGUUGAAUUUCUGUUCUCAAUUUAUUAAGUGCAAUAUAUAUUGAAAAUAAUUGAUGUUGAGCAAUAUUUCACAUAAUUGAAUUUUGUGUUACGAUGGGUGAGAUUGUUGACGGAGUUCGUUUGAUGACAACAAUGUGAGUCACGUUUUUCCACUUUAAAUACUAUUGCCAACCAUUUAAUAGUUUUUAAAGGCAAUGAGUGUUUGUUACUCUUCGACAAGUGUUUGUCUACAGUUACUUACAUUUCUCGCAUUUGUCGAUUGGUUUUUUGGAACAAACGGCUAUCUUAUUGUUUUACAAUGUUUCAGUACAACCAUUGCUUUAGACUGCUUCAGAAUAUUUUAACUUUUUUAGGACCGUCGCCAUCGACCUAUCCUUCUGUUGUGGUACUGUAGGAAUCAAUGUUUUCUUGAAAUACGUUUACUAUGAAUUCAAAACCAAAACAAGAGCGAGGACAAAUGGCUAGUAAAGAUGGCUAUUUAUCUGUGUCCAUGGCAGAUCUGCACAAUCCACAUCUCAGUUAUCCAAUAGUUAGCCCCAAUCGUUCUGGUAAAUUUUAUCGUGGUGAAUGUAUUCUUAUCAAUCAACGAGAUUUUCACCCUUCAACUAAUCAAUCAAGACGUGAUGGUACAGAUGUUGAUGCUGAUCGUGUUGAGAGAGUUUUCAAGAGCUUAAAUUAUAAAGUAACGCGCAUCCUCAACAUUACAAAAAGCGUACUUCAUCAGACUCUUUUGGAAGCCUCUCAAACAGAUCAUUCAUCAUAUGAUAGUUUUAUUUUCGUCAUGUUAUCACAUGGAGACAAUAAUAUAGUAUACGCAAAUGAUGGUGAAGUCCUAACAAGUUAUAUUAUGGCUUUUUUUCGUGGUGAUCGGUGUCCUUCCUUGAUUGCAAAACCGAAGUUAUUCUUUUUCCAGGCUUGUCGAGGUGCUGCAUUUGAUAAAGGUGUUUCCACUAUGGUAACAGAUGCAGGUGAAGAUUUAAUUGUGCACAAGUUGCCGAUAGAAGCAGAUAUACUAGUUGCAUACUCCACAGUACCAGGUUUUUUUGCUUGGCGUAACUCCUCUUCAGGCAGUUGGUUUAUUCAAGAACUAUGUAAUGCACUUGAAUCCGAUAUGAAAGGUGCGAAUCAUUCAGAUAUUAUGUCUCUUCUCACAGUAGUUGCCCGUGUAGUAGCCUAUCAAUAUCGAUCGAAUACAGGUCAAAUUGAAACGGAUAAUAUGAAACAAAUGACAAGUAGUGUUAGUACUUUAACACGAUUAUUUUACAUAAAUGGACCACCAUCAUGAAAAAAGCUGAAGGUUCGCAGUAAUUUAAGAAAUAGACUUCAGGAAAAUUAACAUAUCUUUCAUGAGAAAUAAACGCUCGUUUAUACUUUCUAACAAAACCUAAAAGUUACACGAUUGUUUUUUGUUCUUAUCACACGCAUAUUCACAUUGGAACUUUUAUUUCUUUAAUGAUUGUAUCUGAAAACCAUUUUUUUAAAAGCAUUAAUGCAAAGCGCUUUUUUUCAAUUAAAUCAAUAACUUUAAGAUGAAUCACCAUCCCAUGUGCUGUGUCUUUUAUUGCUCCUAGUUGUUGUCUGCAGACCGACAUUUAUAAUGUUCAAAUUGUUUAAAAUUUCAGUGAGUUUCCCUUUCCCCCUGCCAAAAAACUACAUCACUUUUAAAUAUAGUUAAUGUGCGGAUUAUGUGGAAGUUUAUACUUUGAAAACUUGCUCUAUCUAAUCAGCUAUAUAUAUAUACAACAGAAUUUCACCUUACAAAAAUCAACAUUAAAGGUUCUAAGUCGUUAUUAUUAAUAAAACUAGUUUCCAGUUUAUCAAUAGACGCUUUUCUUCCGAAAUUCUCUUCCUUUCUAAUCGGUGUUAACAAUUUU